AUGUUGUAUGUCUUUAGAGAGCUAUACCGACAAGUUGACAAUCGAGCACGUACGGAUAAACAAAAAGCAGUAAACCACGUUCAAGUAGCCGAACGAAGAAAUGUGACUGAUCAACUACGAAUGAAAUAUGCAGAUACGGAGAAUAGAAAGAAAAUUGACAAUGAUCCUGCGUUAGCAUCAGCUGAUCGUUUGAAAACAACCGUUUCUGAUGAGUUGUCAUCAGCAAUACCACAAUCAUUAAUCCUUAACCGAAAAUUUUCAACUGAAAAGAAAGAAAAAUCAUUGGACAACCGCGCUUCUGCUCAAACAAAAGAAAAAUCAUCGAAAGAUACCAAUGUAUUGAUUCAGUUUCAGAAUACUAAUGGACAAAUACAGACAGCAACAUUGGGCAAGAAAGCUCAACAAGCAGCAAAGGAUGUAUCUUACACAUUAAUUAUUGUUGCUGGUAUAGGCGCCCUAGGUGGUUUGUGUUAUAUCGUAUUGAGAGAACUGUGGUCACGAGAAACUCCCAAUGGCAUUUAUAAAGAAGCAUCAAAACUCUGUUUGGAAAAUAGCAAUGUACAGGAUGCUUUGGGAACUCCAAUAAUGGUACAUACCACUCCUCAAAUUGGCAGUAUGCGGAUCAACAAUGUUAGAGCCAAACUAUUUGAUGAGAAAGGUCGUAAGAAAAUGACAUUAACAUUCUAUUUGACUGGGAAACAACGUUCUGGAGUUGUUGCAGUCAAAGUAGAAAAGAAUAUUUCAAACCGUUAUAUUUAUGAUUAUAUAUUUAUUCAAUUGGAUCGUCCAUGGAAAGGUUUCAAUGUUAUUGAUGUUCGAAAAUCGGACAGUGCAUCUCUCACUGAUUCAUCAUCACCGAUUGUAGUUUAA